GCGAGCUAGUACUGCAAGGUGUUCGUGUUCUGCCGCCAUCGCCUAUCUUUGUUUAAGAUGUUGCGCCUGGCGCAGACGCUACAUUCGCCGACUCGCGGGAGUAGUACGACUUGGACAAGUUGAGAGAAACGAUGAGAGCAAGACCGACCACGCCGGCGGACCACGCCGCCGGAUAGGGGGCAAUAAUUUAUCGUAGGCAUCUAGUGCAAG